GAGCCAAGGCAUCAAAGAGAAGAUCCUGUCUGUUAUUCGUGAGUAUGGGACAGGACGUGACACCCUGAGGUGCUUGGCUCUGGCCACACGAGACAACCCUCCUAAAAUUGAUGACAUGAUACUGUCUGACGCAGCCAAGUUCGCUGAAUACGAGUCCGACCUCACGUUCGUCGGCUGCGUCGGGAUGCUGGACCCACCCAGACAGGAGGUGGCUGCCUCCAUCAAGCUGUGCCGCCAGGCCGGCAUUCGUGUCAUCAUGAUCACGGGGGACAACAAGGGCACAGCCGUGGCUAUCUGCCGCCGCAUCGGCAUCCUGACCGAGGACGACGACGUGGAGCGCAUGGCCUUCACCGGGCGGGAGUUCGACGAGCUGUCGUCCCACGCCCAGCGGGAGGCUGUGACCCAGGCGCGCUGCUUCGCUCGCGUCGAGCCGUCGCACAAGUCCAAGAUUGUGGAGUUCCUGCAAGGAUUCGAUGAAAUCACUGCCAUGACAGGAGAUGGAGUGAACGAUGCCCCUGCAUUAAAGAAGGCAGAGAUUGGCAUUGCAAUGGGCUCUGGCACCGCUGUGGCCAAGUCGGCCUCAGAGAUGGUCCUCGCCGAUGACAACUUCUCCUCCAUAGUGGCUGCGGUGGAAGAGGGCAGAGCGUCAUCUUCCAGAUCACCCCUCUGGACGUGACCCAGUGGAUGAUGGUGCUGAAGAUCUCCCUCCCCGUCAUCCUGCUGGAUGAGCUGCUAAAGUUUGCAGCCAGGAACUACUUGGAUCUCGGUAAACGCCACGAGAAGUCAGCCAGCGCCGGCUGUUACCUGUCCACAUGCACCAAGGGCAUCUCCUGGCCCUUCGUGGCCGUCUCCCUGCCCCUGGUGCUGUGGAUCUACAGCACCGACACUAACGUCUCCGCCAUCUUGUGGCCCUGACUGACUCCAGUACACCACCCUUCCCUCGCCCCCGUGUGGAGUGGACAUUAACACGCACACACACACAUUUAACCCCCUUGUAUUAACUCUGAACCCCUUCCUGUAAACACUCACACUUGUUCUGACCACUGUCAUGUUUGUUGUUUACAUUGUCACUGAAACAUAGUUUUGGGUGAGGUGGGGGUGGGGGGUUGAUUCUGAUUUUAAUUGUGACUGAUAAGACAUCUAAAUGUAUUACUUCCCCCUCUUAUUUCUAGCUGUACAGAGAAUGUACAUACUUUUAUAUAAACAUUUUUAAUUUUGGAGGGACGGGGCGACGGGGAGGAGGACUUGUUUUGACGACUGAAGAGGGCAAAGUCUUGACUGGUGGCUCCAGAAUAAAUUCUUUUAGUUUUUUUUUUU